AACUGCUAAAAAAAAACGUAAUUUUAAUUGUAUUAGUCCCGAAGCGCGAGCUGCGCUGUGAUUGGCUGGUGUUAUCUGGCUGCGGUUUCUCAGCCAAUAGCAAGUCUGUGGGCGGGGUUAGACGGAGUACGGGUGUAGAGUGUAUGGGUAGAGCAGUGUGUGUGUGUGUGUGUGUGUGUGUGUGUUAAUAAGCGGUAUUAAAGAGCGCAGAUAAAGCCCGAGCUCAGAGAGACACCAUGCUGCUGCUGGAGCUCCUCCUCACCGCCCUGCUGCUCUCCUACAGCCCGGCCUCAACCCAGCAACCCGAGGAACCCGUCUCCUACACGUGCACAGAUGGAUAUGAGUUUGACCCAGUCAGAGAAGUGUGUAAAGAUAUUGACGAGUGUGCGAUCGUGGCGGACGCGUGUAAAGGCGGUAUGAAGUGUGUGAAUCACUACGGCGGGUACCUGUGCCUCCCGCAGAACGCUCAGAUCUUCGUGAGUAACGGUGAUGAGCCCUCGCAACCUGCCGACCCCAGCGUGCCCCACAGCGUACCCGCCAACCCCCCAACGCACGGGCAGGGGCAGGGGCAGCCCAGCCGCCGCCUCAUACCUUCAUCCAGGACCCUCCGGUGCCCACCCGGCUUCACCCUGGACGAGCAGAGCUACUGUCGAGAUGUAGAUGAGUGUGCUACAGGGAGGCACACGUGCAGUGCAGAUCAGAUCUGCUAUAACAACCGAGGAUCCUUCCUCUGCCAGUGCCAGCCCGGCUACCAGAAGAGCGGCGACCAGUGCGUAGACAGAGACGAGUGUGUGCAGUCGCAUUACUGCAUGCACGGCUGCGUGAACACUCCCGGCUCGUACUACUGCGAGUGUAACGCCGGCCACCAGCUCGCCAGCAACAACCACAGCUGCGUGGACGUGAACGAGUGUGAGACCUCUCAGCCGUGUGAGCACCAGUGCCACAACCUGCUGGGUUCCUUCCUGUGUCAGUGUAACGUGGGAUACGAGCUGACCCCCGACUCCGUCUCCUGUACAGAUAUAGAUGAGUGUGCGUAUUCUCCCUACAUGUGUCAGUACGCCUGUAUUAACACCCCCGGAGGAUACUCCUGCACCUGCCCUGAUGGAUACCAGCUACAGGGAACGAGAAUGUGUCAAGAUAUUAACGAGUGUGAGACAGGUCACGAGUGCAGUGAGGAGGAGAUGUGCUGGAACUAUUAUGGAGGAUACAGGUGUUACCCCCGAAACCCCUGCCAGGACCCGUACAUACAAACCUCAGAGAGUCGGUGUUCCUGCCCCUCCACCAGCUCCUGUCGUGGAAUUCCUCAGUCUAUAGUUUAUAAAUAUAUGAGUAUUUACUCUGAGCGCUCCGUACCGUCAGAUAUCUUCCAGAUCCAGGCCACCAGCAUCUACCCCAACACCCACAAUGUCUUCAGGAUCCGAGCCGGAAACGAGGGAGGAGAGUUCUUCUUACGGCGCUCCAGUAACGUCAGCGCCAUGCUGGUUUUGACCAAGUCCCUGUCGGGUCCUCUGGAGAUGAUCGUGGAUCUGGAGAUGAUCACUCACCACACCGCCACCAGCUACCGCACCAGCUCGUUACUACGGCUCACCAUCGUCGUAGGACCCUACGCCUUCUAAAGCCCCGCCCCCGACUCCCCCGAUACUGCUGCUUCUAAACGUUUUACACUUAUACACUACGCUACCUUCUAACGGCCAGGCAUUAAAAAGGGCUUUUUGGGUGCGCUCAAGAUAAAAUCCAAAGAGAGCUAUAGUUCAUCUUUUAUAUCUUUUAUAGUUCAUAGGCAGUGGUUCAAGAGUGGAACCAAUGGUUUAGGACCCAGUGGCCCAAAGCCCCAAUGGUUUGAGGCUCCAAUGAUUCAAGGCCCCAAUGCUUUAAGGCCCCAGUGGCCCAAAGCCUCAAUACUACAAGACCCCAAUGCUUCAAAGCCUCAAUGGUUCAAAGCCUACAUGUUUCAAGGACCUUAUGGUUUAAGGCCUCGAUGGGUUAAAGCCCCAAAAUCUUUAGGCCAAAUGCUUUAAUGCUUUAAUGGUUUGGGGCUCCAGCGGUUCAAGGACCCAAAGCUCCAAUGGUUUAAGGAUGGUGGAACUGUAUAUAUGAAUGUUUGAUGGGUCAAGAAUUAAAGACAAAAGUAAUAAAUCUCACUGUAAAAGAGUGUAAAAUAGCGGGAGACAGGAACCGAUGCUGCAGUUGCUUUUAUCUGUGAUUUAAUAGCAGGUUAAUAGCCUCAUAUUUUGCAUUCAUAAAUUUACAUUAUGUCUUUAUUACUCCAAAUAACUGCAUUCUGUCUCAGAGAACAUACGGCCCAAAGCACUGCUUAAAACUGGUAGAAAUGUUUUCUUUAAUUAAUCUCAGUUUAAUAGCAAAAAAGCUUUGCAUUUACAGUUUAAGUGUUGAAUUUAUAACUCAAAAGAACAGCAUUAAUUAGGUAAAAUCACAUAGUAAUUUCACUUAAUUCUGUUACAGGGCUUUAAAUCGGCCAAAACACACUUUUUAUUCUUAUUGUUCAAAAGUUAGCACCUUUGCACCUUUUUAACAGUGGCGUAAAUAUACUCUAAUCUAAAAACACUCUGCAUAGCACUGAGUAGCAAUGGUGGAACCUGUUUUGUUGGGUUAUCUAGAACCUUUUAAUCAGAGCUUUACUGUGUAUAUUAUAUGUAAGAUGUUUUUCUUGUGUCUGAAGAACUUUUUAACCAAAAUUUUACUUUUACCUUAAAAUGUAAGAAUUUCAAUAUUAAUUAAUUCCUACAAAUAUACAGAUCAUUUCCUCUGUUGAUAUUCUGUAUAUUUGACAAAAUAAAUAUAAAUUACCGUUUACUCACAGUGUGACGUAUCAAUAUAAAAUUAAAACACUGUUUAGAAUAAUGUUUAAAUUGAGUCAGGUAUAUAUUUAAGGUAAUAAAUAUAGUUUAUAUAUGUGAUGUUGCAGGUUGUGGAGGAUCUGUUGGUGUGGAUGAGAUGCUUUAUGAAUGAGAGGAAUCAGGCGUUUAUUGCAGUGAGGUAGGUUCUAAAGGGCUGUCGCUGCGCUUUCCUCCGAGCGUUAGCGCUUUUUUGCUCUCUGAUAAGAAUUGUUGUAAUACUAAGCAUUAUAAUUGAAUAAUAGAAUAAUAGAGUAAUGUUCUUAAUUAGGGGUUUCACCUGAUUGUAUGUCAUUUAUGUCAAAAUAAGCACAAAAACUCACCAAAAAACAAAUUAAUUUGCCAUAAAAUAAGGGAUUCGCUCAUUUUGAGACCCUAUUGGCAGAUUUCUUUUUAGCUUAAUUUACGUUACAGUUAUAUUACAGUACAUUUGGCUUGACUUUCUUUUAUCCGAAGCGACUAAUAUAUCAAAUAAUAAUAAAGAUUUAGUAAUAGAGGUAAAAAAGACGUUUUUAUGCAGGAUUUAAAGGAGAUCAAAGGGUAAUGAAAUAGUGGGAUAAAGAAGGAAAUGAGGUUAGAAGUAGUUAAUUUUAGUAGUUAGAGGUGUUAGGAGAGUUUAUUAAACUCUUUAUGAGUUUACUAAAUAUUGAGAAAUACAGUACUGUGCAAAAGUUUUAGGCACCAAAGCAAACGACACUAAUCCAUUUAUCUCAGGAAUAUGAGAGUUUUACCCUAAAAAAGCAAAUAAUCAUAAAUACAGUAAAAUGUAGAAAGGAAUAAUUCUCAUAUUUAACUAUAAGUAUGUUUUAUAUCCUGUGAGCCGAGCUGAAGAAUAAAGUGUAGAGAUUCAGAUUUCUCCUGGAUGCUCCUCAGUCAGCAUGUGUAUAUUAUGUUCAGUUCCGUCAGCAGCUCACCUGAUUUACCACAUUUACCAGUAAUUUACCAAACCAGCUGUUGAUUAAAAUGAUGAGAACUAGAAAUAAAUAACUCUAUUAAACUCAGAUUAAGAGGAGGAGAGAUUAGGAUUAGGAUGUUUUCAGGAAAACGUUUUGCUUUUUGUGAAAUUGCUAAUGCUAAUGUUGUACCCCAGAUUUAUGUAUUUACUUUAUAUAUUUAAAGUACAUUAAUAUUAUGCUUUUAUCAAAUGUUUGAAAGUAAAUUAAGUUGUUAAUUACUUGAAUUUCUACAUUGGUAAAAUGUUUAAAAAAUAUAUUUAGGUAUUACAUUAAUAUAACAGUAAUGUAAAUAUAGAUCACAUAUAUUUAACAACAAUUCUUAGUACAUAUACUCUAAUAUACCUGCUGUAUGAUAAAGAGUGAUACAGUUGUAAUACUCUAAUAAUGAAAUGUAUUAUUAUAGUUUUACUGUAAACAUAUUUUUAAAGUAUGGGGUUAAAUACAUGAAGUUAAGUAGAGUAUAUUUAAAAUAGUUCCAUUUCAGUACAGUUAAGAACACUUUAAGUAACAAUUUAAGUAAGACUUUUGUACACAUUUUAUACAAUUAAAGUAAAAUAAGUAUAAAUAUACUGAUUAAUAAUAAUGUGGCCACAAGAACACUUUAGUGCACUAUAGUAUAAUAAUGAUUAGAAUAGCUUUUUCUUUACUGAAAUUCCCACAGGAGCCUAAAGCUUGUGCACAGUACUGUAUAUUUGAGCGUUUAUAUAUAUAUAUUUAUAUAUAUAUUUCUGGUCAGUAAGUCGUGGUCGGGCGGGGGGAUUAAUAAGGUGAAGUCAGUGUUGAUCAGAGGAACAGAACGUUACGGUUCUAAAGGGUUUUUUAUUUGCCGUUUCUGGAUGAAAGAUUUGGACGAUUCAACUUUAAUAAACUCAGAUUAGUUUCCUAUUGAUCUCAGCGCCGCUCUGCAACUAAACACAGCCAGGAAACCACGGCCUGGCACGGCUCACCAGCGUUUCGCACGAGUGCAGUGAGUGCAGUGAGUGCAGUGAGUGGGCUAAUGCAGUGGAAAGCGUUGGGUUUUGGUUCCAGUGGGGUUUCCCUGGAAGAAAAUCUGAUUUUGUUCACAGUCCAAAACCUAAAAACCCUAAAACCCCUGAAACUCUGCCAGGCGUCACUUUCAGCACUUUUCUCAGCUUUUCUCCUGAAGAACUGAUCUCAGAUCAGCCGUUUCCCUGCUAAAGCAAAGACCUCCGCUGUUUUAUAGUGCUGUUACACCACGUUAUUCUUCUACAGCUCUGAACAUGAAGUGGAAACAACUUCCUGCAACUCGUCAUAAAAUUUAUCAUCAGUUCAUCAUCAGAGCUACUGCUCUUCAGUUUCAGUCCUAAACCAGACAAAACCUUCUCGAAACCGUAUUUUACACACUAUAUACUGCAACGGAUUAUACAACACUAUUUAGGAUGCCUAAAUUUAAGUGAACAAGGGCGUCGCCAUGUUUCCCUUUUAAUGGGGAAGCUGGAGAAGGGUCUAUAAGUAAAGAAAACUUUUAUACUUAAAAAAACAUUUUAUUUUAAAGUUAAUCGAGUGCUGGAUGUUAAUCUACACAGAUUUAUCUCCUUAAAACUUCUGUUUAUUUACAGUAAGCUUAGAUUUACAGUAUUUUGUCUGAGGGUCAGUUUUCAUUUAAGUUUCUUCAGCAGGAAGGCUGGAGCAUUAGCAUUAGCAUUAGCAUUAGUUUUAACUCAGUAAACACUCAGGCUACAGUCUGAUAUACUCACCUCUGAAUGGCGAUAGAGCUAGCACUUAGCGCUGGGGUUAGCAGCUAACGCUAAUGCUGCUCCAGCCUUAAUGCUGGAGAAACUUUACUGAAACUCCUGUAUUACUCUGUACUUCAGUGGAGCGUCUUUACUGCUCCUUAAUACCUGACUGAUAGAAUUCAUACAUAAGGAGCACCGGAUUAUAAGCAGCUCUGAUGAUUUCUGGGUAAAUUAAAUGAUUUAAGUGCAGCUUAUAGUGUGAAAAAUAUAGAACACAUACAGUAUCUCCACCGUCUCACACGCAGUGCCUUAUAUAUAAAUUCAAUAAUAUUUUAAUAUUAAUAACUGCAGUAGCUGCACGUGUAUAUUCUCAGUGCCGUUCAUCACACUUUAAAAAGAUCUUCAGAUUUAAACUCUCUUUAUUUAAAACUUUUAUUCAUAAUCACGUUUUAUACUCUGAAUCCGGAGAGGAAAUUGUUGUAAAGAAAAUAAAGUUUAUAUAUUUAAAA